GUGAUCUUCUCCCCUUUGCCUUUCCUCGCGCUGCUUGUGAGGUAGAGAACAGCGGAGUUCAGUACGCUUCCUCAAAAACCCCGGGCCAAUACUCGGAACUGAGCUUCUCAGGAAGUAGCUGCACUGGCCGGAAAUGCCAUUUCCACGAGUCCCUUCUGUUCUUGCAGCUCAGCAUUUCAUAUUCCCGCGUGACGCUAGCAACAACAUGCUUCUGAUUCAGCUCCUUCACUGAAAAACUACAUUAGUCGGUGCUGCUUGGCCUGCUCCUGAACAAUACUUUCUAUAGAGGCCAGUAUGCUUCACUUUAUCCAGAGAUUUUCUCAUGCAUCUUCAAAGAUACUGAAGUAUCCUUUCACAACUAGACUAGGAACCAGCAAAAUAGAUGCAUUUUCUUUCAAGACAUCUCUCCAACGGCACAUUUUCCCUUUGUUUCCAAGGCCUCACAUUUCCCUGUCAUUUCAAGCAUGUAUGAGCAAGACACAAUGCUAUCAUAUGUCACCAUGCUGCUUUAAGAAAAAGCAGAAGCAAACAGAUCUUCCAGCCAGGCCACCAAGGAACAUCACUUACCUGCUUCACAGCCCAAAGCCAGCAUUAUAUGUAACUCUGGGAGGACUGAUCCCCUUUGUUGCUCCACCACUGGUCAUGGUCAUGACAAAGACUUAUAUCCCCUUAUUAGCUUUUACUCAGGUAGCUUAUGGGGCCAGUUUCCUAUCUUUCUUGGGAGGGGUCAGAUGGGGCUUUACUCUGCCAGAAGGUAGUCCAGCCAAACCAGACUACCUUAAUUUAGCAAAUAGUAUAGCUCCUCUUUUGUUUUCAUGGUUUGCCUUUCUAAUUUCUGAAGGACUCAGAGAAGCUAUAGUCAUAGUAAUGAUAGGUUUGGGGAUAGCAUUACAUGUUGAUCUUUUUCUCUUGCCAUGUUAUCCCAACUGGUUCAAAGCCCUAAGGAUAGUAAUCACUUUAGUGGCCCUUUUUUCACUUGCAGUCACUGUAGUACUUGAAGAUAUUUAUCCAGAGAAAGGACCCAAGAGACCUCGCCAAGUCAAAUAAAUAUAAAACUACUUUGUUGAUAAUAUUAUUAGUAUGUUGACUACAAGCAUUGUGAAGUAUUUUAGUAUUACC